CGAACACAGUCACCGCCACCACUCCAAUACCUCAGCUUUCGCCGCAACUCCAAAGCCGCCGCCUUCAAUUCAUUUUCGGUUUCUCAACACUCCCAAACCUCCCGCAAUGUCGAGGAUUUGCGUCAAGAAUUUGCCGAAGCACGUCGACGACAAGAAGCUCCGGGAGCUUUUCUCGGAGAAAGGAGAAGUCACGGACGCCAAGCUCAUGCGCACCAGAGAAGGCAAGAGCCGCCAGUUCGCUUUCAUAGGGUUCCGCUCCGAGCUUCAAGCUCAGGAGGCCAUCAAGUACUUCAACAGAACCUUCGUCGAUACUUACCGGAUUAGCUGCGAGCUUGCUCGGAAGGUCGGCGAUCCCGAGAUUCCGAGGCCGUGGAGUCGCCACACGAAGGAGAAGGAGAAGAAAGAGAGUGAGGCCAGGGAAGGCGGUAAUGCCGCGGCGGCGAAAAGCCGAAAAGGGAGGAGGAGUGAGAAGGAGGAGGAGAUUGAUGAUCCUAAGCUUAAGGAGUUUUUGCAGGUGAUGCAGCCGAGGGCUAAGUCGAAGUUGUGGUCGAAUGACACGUUUGUUGAUGCGAAAAUCGGGAGAGGAGAGAGGAAGAUGGAGGAGAGGAGGAAGGGGGAUGAGGAGAAAUCGGCGGCGGAGAUGGAUGUUGAUGUGGAGGAGGAGGAGGAUGUGGAGAAGGGUGAGUCACACAAUGUUGCGAAGGAUAAUGUGGUUUCGGAUAUGGAUUACUUCAAGAGUAGAGUGAAGAAGGAUUGGUCGGAUUCCGAGAGUAGUGACAGUGAUGAUGAAGAGGAGGAGGAGGAGAAGGAGAAGGAAGAGGAAGAAGAAGAUGAGGUUGAUGAAGGAGAGGAAGGCGUUGAGGAAGUUUCGGAUGGAACUGUACUUGCGCAGAGUGAUCCUUGGUCUACUUUGACAGAUGAGAAAGAUGAAAUGCUUGAUACUAGUCGGCUUUUUGUUCGAAAUUUGCCAUUUACAGCAACAGAGGAUGAGUUGGAAGAGCAUUUUAGGAAAUUCGGGGAUGCGCAAGUUCAUCUUGUUAUUGAUAAAGAGUUAAAUCGGUCCAAGGGAAUUGCUUAUGUUCUUUACUCGCAACCGAAAUCGGUUCAAAGGGCAUUAGAAGAAUUAGACGGUUCAAUUUUCCAAGGAAGACUGCUGCAUGUUAUGCCAGCAAAACAAAAACACCCAUCUCCAGGGGCUGAAGAUUUAGCGAACCAAGCUUCAAAGUCUCUUAAGCAACAAAGGGAGGAGAAGAAGAAAGCAUCUGAAGCUAGCGGAGAUACAAGAGCAUGGAAUAGUUUGUUUAUACGCACUGAGACAGCCGUUGAUCACUUGGCUCGGAAGUUUGGGGUGAGCAAGAGUGAUUUUCUUGACCCGCAAGCUGAUGAUGUCGCUGUACGUGUUGCUCAAGCAGAGACACAAGUGAUUGCACAGACAAAAAAGGCUCUUACAAACGCUGGUGUAAAUGUAGAAUCUUUAGAGAAUUUUGCUGCCAGGAAAGCUGGUGAUAUGAAAAGAAGCAACCAUGUUUUACUAGUGAAGAACUUGCCAUAUGGUUCUUCUGAUAGUGAACUAGGAAACAUGUUUGGGAAAUUUGGGAGUUUGGAGAAGAUCAUUAUGCCUCCGACAAAGACAUUGGCUUUGGUUGUUUUUUUUGAACCUUCUGGAGCUCGUGCAGCUUUUAAAGGUCUGGCAUACAAGAAAUACAAGGAUGUUCCUCUAUAUUUGGAAUGGGCUCCUGGUGACGUUCUUAAUCCAAGUUCAACAGCUGAGAGCAAUGGAAAGAAGAAUCCUGCUGUUGCUGAACUUCAGCAACUGGUGGAAGUAACACCAGACGAUCUUGAUCUUGAUCCUGAUAGAGUUGAGUCACGAACUCUAUAUGUCAAGAAUUUGAACUUCAAGACUACUGACGAGAGCUUGAAGAAGCAUUUUGAACAAGUGAAGGAGGGAAAAAUAUUAAGCGCCAAGGUGAAGAAACACAUGAAAAAAGGGAAGAAUCUUUCAAUGGGAUUUGGUUUUGUAGAAUUUGACUCUGUGGAGACAGCCACAGAGGUUUGCAAGGGUUUACAGGGAACAAUUUUGGAUGGCCACCAACUUAUUUUGCAACAUUGUCAUGCCAAGCAAGACGAUGUGCCGAAAAAAGUUGUGAAGGACAAAAGUUCAACAAAAAUACUUGUAAAAAAUGUAGCCUUUGAGGCUACAAAGAAAGAGCUUCGACAGUUGUUUAGUACAUAUGGCGAGAUUAAAAGCUUACGGUUACCAAACAGAUUGGGACAGCAUAGAGGCUUUGCAUUUGUGGAGUUUGCCACUAAGCAAGAGGCAGAAAAUGCCAUUCAAGCGCUUGCAAGCACACAUCUGUACGGUCGCCAUCUGGUUCUGGAGAGAGCAAAGGAAGGUGAGACCUUGGAAGAUUUAAGAGCUAGAGUAGCUGCUCAGUUCACGGAUGACCAAAAUACUGUUUCCAGGAAAAGGAAGGCUGUCGCAACCUUGGAUGAAGAUAACAUGAGAUUUGAUAUGACGGAAUGAUGAGAGGCUUCAGAUAUUUGGCAUGUGCAUUGUGUGAAUUUGAGUUGUACUUGGUUGUUAUAGGUUAUAGUUCAUCUGAUAUAGUUAAGCCCGCUCCAGUUUUGCUUAGUUGGGGGCUGGUCUGUAUUGUUUUCUCACUAUGGCACUCGUUUUUGUAAGGCAUAUGUCGUGUUAGUUAAGCAAAUGCUAAGAGUAAGCAAAUUUUAGUAUACCUUUUCUUUUGGGA